CCAGAAUUAGUACAUUUUUACUCACUGCUCGACACAUGUGUCGUUCGUUUAGUACUUCUGCAAAUUCUAUCAAAUUGUGCACAAAAUAAUCAAUUAAUAUUUUGUUAAAAUGAAUGUCAGCACAGAUUUUAAGCCCGUGCUGACACGUGCCGCACUUGCGUUAAAGAAAAAUAAGGAAAAAUCUGAUUUUACGGCCAUUGUAUUUCAAGAACCACAAGCUCCACAGGCGCCAACAACAAGCAAGCCAAUCAAAAUGAAAACAAACCCAGCUGAAGGAUUUGGGGAAGCCCCAGCUAAUGGCAAGUUGGGCAAGGAGGCGGACAUCGAGUUCGACAUGAAGAAGGCACGCCAUGAAGUGCUUAACUUUGCUAUGGCCAAUCAACGCACAAUCAAAAACAAACGUAAAAUGGAGAUAUUUCAACUUAUCAAACUUGGCGCCAAGCCGCCAAAGAAAGCGAAUAAAAAUUACAAAGAACUAAAAGCGGAACGCCAACGACUUAAGGAAAAUCGAGAGCAGCGCAAGAAAUUCCAUCAAUUGGGCAAAAAUCAAGCUGGCGCCGCAAGUGUUAAAUGUAAAACCAGCAAAACCCAACGAAAUCAAUUACAAAAGAAACGUGCACCAGUUGCUAAUAUCGGUCAGCAUUAUGGCCAAGCGCAACCAAAAUUCAAGAAGCGCAAUUAAAGCAUUGAAAUCAAACUA